CCACCCUCAACUUCCAACGAGAUUCCUUGAAUCUCUCCCCUUCGUCUUCCUAAACCCACGCAACCCCCCCCCCCCUCACCCCCACCACCCUACUCCACCCACCUACGCACCCCUAUGGCUUGUUCCGUCGACCAACUCGCUCCGUUCCUCGGUCCCAAUACCACCGAUGCCGUCGGCGCCGCCACAUACAUCUGCAACCAAUUUUCCGGUGUAUCGGAUAAAUUUGUCGAUACCGGCUAUGCAAUCGACACCACAUAUCUCCUCUUCUCCGCUUAUCUCGUUUUCUCCAUGCAGCUUGGUUUCGCUAUGCUUUGCGCGGGCUCUGUCCGCGCAAAGAAUACAAUGAAUAUCAUGCUUACGAAUGUCCUUGAUGCUGCCGCCGGUGGACUUUUCUACUAUCUAUUCGGAUUCGCUUUCGCUUGGGGUGGUCCGUCUAAUGGAUUCAUCGGCCGUCAUUUCUUCGGUCUUAAAGAGAUCCCGUCUAAUUUGUUCGAUUACAGUAAUUUCCUCUAUCAAUGGGCUUUUGCGAUCGCCGCCGCCGGUAUCACCAGCGGUUCAAUCGCCGAGAGGACGCAAUUUGUGGCUUACUUGAUUUAUUCCUCUUUUUUAACGGGCUUUGUUUACCCGGUUGUUUCUCAUUGGUUUUGGUCCCCAGAUGGGUGGGCCAGCCCGGGUAAUUCGAAUCUCUUAUUCGGAUCCGGUGUCAUCGAUUUUGCCGGGUCGGGUGUGGUUCAUAUGGUAGGUGGAAUUGCUGGAUUUUAUGGAGCUUUAAUUGAAGGUCCGAGAAUCGGGCGGUUCGAUCAAACAGGUCGAUCCGUUGCGCUCCGUGGACAUAGCGCUUCGCUUGUGGUUCUUGGUACCUUUUUGUUGUGGUUCGGAUGGUACGGGUUUAACCCGGGUUCAUUUAAUAAGAUCCUAAUUACUUACGAUGGAGGGUAUUAUGGUCAAUGGAGCGCUGUGGGACGCACCGCAGUGACCACUACCUUAGCCGGUUGCACUGCAGCACUAACCACUCUUUUCGGUAAGAGGAUCCUUUCGGGUCAUUGGAACGUGACGGAUGUAUGUAACGGUUUAUUAGGCGGAUUUGCAGCAAUCACGGCUGGAUGCUCUGUUGUUGAGCCAUGGGCCGCGAUUAUCUGUGGAUUCGUCGCUGCUUUAGUUUUAAUCGGUUGUAACAAGUUAGCGGAGAUAUUUAAAUACGACGAUCCACUUGAAGCAGCACAACUUCAUGGUGGUUGUGGUGCAUGGGGAAUAAUUUUCACUGCCUUAUUUGCUAAAGGGGAGUUUGUGGAUCAAGUAUACCCGGGAAAACCGGGUCGGCCUCACGGGUUAUUCAUGGGUGGUGGUGGAAAACUACUCGGGGCACAUAUAAUCCAGAUUCUUGUUAUAAUCGGGUGGGUCAGUGCUACAAUGGGUCCACUUUUCUUUAUCCUUCAUAAGUUCAAGCUUCUUCGGAUCUCGUCGGAGGACGAAAUGGCGGGUAUGGAUCUGACCCGACAUGGUGGAUUUGCUUAUUAUCAUGAAGAAGAUCCCAAACCAGGAAUGCAAAUGAGGAGAAUUGAACCAAAAAGCCCAAAUUAAAAACAAGAAAAAAGAAAUUAUCUUUUAAUUUAUUCUAUUUCCCUAUAUGUCCCUUUGAAUGAUCUAUUUAGAAGUAUUUUCUUUUUAGAAAAUUAAUUAAGGUCUUUGUGAAAAGAGAAAAAGUUGGAUUUUUUAGGGGUAAAUGGGUGGUUGUAUUUGAAGAUAAUGUGAACAUGGACUCUUUUUAUUAUUAUUUCUAGUUUUCUACCUUUGACUAUAAAUAUGCACUCAUCUUUGUACGUAACUUUUACCAUUAUUGUGGAACCGUCAAGCUUGACUUGUCUUUA